UUUUUACCCGGAAGCCACGGCCGCCGGAGUCCGCGCGGAGCCUACGCUGCUGCGGUGGAGCCGGGCGCCCUCAGCCCGGGCCGUCGGGUCCCCCUGCGGGGCGGGACGCUGAGCUCGGAGUGGCGGGGAGCAUGGUGCCGAGCGGCCCCUGGCCCGUCGCGCGCCGCCGCCAGUGAGCCCCGCGUCGCCGCGGGCGGCCGCCCAGCAGCGGCCCGGGCCGGGCCAGGCGACACCGCCCGCGAGGCGGGGAGUGCUGCUGAGAAUAAUGUUGAGUAUCAACCCCCUGGAGAACCUGAAGCUGUAUAUCAGCAGCCGGCCCCCACUGGUGGUCUUCAUGAUCAGUGUGAGCGCCAUGGCCAUCGCCUUCCUGACCCUGGGCUACUUCUUCAAGAUCAAGGAGAUCAAGUCACCAGGCAUGGCAGAGGACUGGAAUACUUUCCUGCUGAGGUUUAAUGAUUUGGACUUGUGCGUAUCAGAAAAUGAGACAUUGAAGCAUCUAUCCAAUGACACCACAACUCCAGAGAGCACAGUGACCAGUGGGCAGGCCCGAGUGUCCACCCAGGCUCCACAGGCCCUGGAAGACUCAGGCCCAGUCAACAUCUCAGUGGCUAUUACCCUAACCCUGGACCCGCUCCGACCCUUUGGAGGGUACUCGCGCAAUGUCACCCACUUGUACUCCACCAUCCUGGGCCAUCAGAUUGGACUUUCAGGCAGGGAGGCCCAUGAGGAGAUAAAUAUAACCUUUACCCUGCCUGCAGCCUGGAGCUCCGAUGACUGUGCCCUUCAUGGCCAUUGUGAGCAAGUGGUGUUCACAGCCUGCAUGACGCUCACGGCCUCCCCCAGCGUCUUCCCAGUCACCGUCCAGCCCCCUCAUUGUGUUCCUGACACGUACAGCAACGCCACCCUCUGGUAUAAGAUCUUCACUACUGCCAGAGAUGCCAACACAAAGUAUGCGCAAGACUACAACCCUUUUUGGUGUUACAAGGGAGCCAUUGGGAAAGUCUACCAUGCUUUAAAUCCCAAGCUCACAGUGAUCAUUCCAGAUGAUGACCGCUCGUUAAUAAAUUUGCAUCUCAUGCACACCAGUUACUUCCUCUUCGUGAUGGUGAUCACGAUGUUCUGCUAUGCUGUUAUAAAAGGCCGACCCAGCAAACUGCGUCAGAGCAAUCCUGAGUUCUGUCCUGAGAAGGUGGCUUUGGCUGAAGCCUAACCCCAUAGCCUCGUUUUCUGAGAAAGACUGAACCAUAAUCAUUGCCUGCUGAACCCAGCUGGGGCCUGGCCACUCUGAAAACAAGACCUUGCAGUGUUGGUUAUUCCAGCCAAAGACAUUUCAAGUGCCUGUAACUGACUUGUACAUAUUUAUAAAAUCUAUUUGGAAAUCGG